UGCCGGGGUCGGGCCCACCCCCCGGCCGGACGUGUCUGGACGGAGCAGCCGCCCCUGGGCCGGGCCGCUCCCGCUCGGCGACGGCGCCUGGGUCCGGCUGGCGGCGGCGGGUUGGAUUUUUGUUGCCCUGUUCUCCCUGCCAGAAGGCAGCUCAUAGGGGGUGACGUCUGCCCCAGUCAGGAAGCAACAGCUGGAGCAGUUCUUGAGCUAAGUUGGAGGAGAGACAAUGGCUCAGGAGACUAAUCAAACACAGGUGCCUAUGCUGUGUACCACCGGCUGUGGAUUCUACGGCAGCCCCCGGACUAAUGGGAUGUGCUCAGUUUGCUAUAAAGAGUAUCUACAGAGGCAGCAGAGCAAUGGCCGGAUAAGCCCCCCAGCAGCAAGUGGUCCCAGCAACAGCCCCGCGGCUUCAGAUUCCAUCCCAGGACAGGGCACAGAGGGAGACCCGACGCCUGAAGAUGUUAAAACCAGCACUCAGACUCCUGUGACCCAUCAGAUGACGGCCAUGAGCAUAUCCAGAGAGGAUACCAGCAGCGAGACAGUCGGAUACAUUAGCACAGACGAAACCUCAUCAGCAUCUUCCUCAUCAGAGACCCUCCUUGAAAUAUCCCAGAACUCUGCUGAGGGUGAGAAGACUUCAGAAAAACCCAAACAGAAAAAGAAUCGCUGUUUUACUUGCCGGAAGAAGAUCGGGCUAACUGGUUUCGACUGCCGCUGCGGGAACCUGUUCUGUGCCAUCCACCGGUACUCUGACAUGCAUAGCUGCCCGUAUGAUUACAAGGCGGAGGCGGCCGAGAAGAUCCGCAAGGAGAACCCCAUCAUUGUGGCAGAGAAGAUCCAGAAGUUGUGAAGGAAGCUGAGCAUCGAGUACUUGAGCCUUGUGGCGUGGCACUCCUCUCACUCCCCUUCCCUUCCCCCCAAGGUGUCUGGGAUCCUGCCAGGAGGCGAGGAGACUCAGCAACCCCGUGGCUCCUUUCUCCCCACUUCUUUUCCUCUACCCGUCGCUCAGUUGACGUGUUUUUAACCCGUUUUCAACCAGAAAAGGGAUCUGCACCUACCCCGCCCACCCCCCUGUUAAGAGCUUUGGACUUGUCUUCCAGCAGGGCUGCGCACACAGCUCACGGCGUGGAGGAGUUCAGCAGCCCUUCCGUUCUGUCUGUGCGACAGCCCCGGGCUUUGGAAACAGGAGCCUGCUGUGAGCGUUGGUGAGUCACUGCAGCACCUUGCUCAGCAGCAAACGUCAUCUCCUCACCCACUGAGGCUCCCAUUUGGGCUCGGGCUCAGACACAGAACAAGGAUUCUGUCCCGUUACAGCUCUGAGUUUUCCCUCUUCCCCUUAAGCAGCGGUUGGUGUCGCGACAGAAUCGUGAAGCAGCGGCGGCUGGUGCAGCAUAAGGAGCUCGUGGCUCGUGGACGCUGCAGCCAAAUGUGAGCGUUACACCCAUGAGCCAGGAACGUUAAGGAGAAACCCACAAAUGCCUCUUGCCCUUCCCCAGGCUUUGUGGGAUGCUGGGCUCAGCGGCGGGGGCUGCUUUCAACGCUCCGGUGGGACGCCCAGCGCUAGCCUCGUGUUUCAGACUCGCCCAUGUGCAGUUGUUGGCUGCUUACCGAGGAAGGCCGAUUGUAGCCCCACCGAAGCUCACGCGCCAAUGAUUCCCUUCCGCCCCUCCCACUCUUUACCUUCUGCCUUACUGUGUGAUUCUCUCUUAUCAGGGUUGUGCGCAAAACUCAGACCAGCAAUCCUCCUCCUCCUCCUCCUCUCUUUGCUGCACGCAUGCAAAUCUCAGAGAGCUCUGUCCUCCCUCUAGGCCUCGCUGAUAUUCAGUGAGCCUCUCUCUCGAGUGGGUGGAUCUGAUGGGAAAUCACACUGAGCCGCCGACCUCUCCUAGCUCACUGCUUGUUCCCCAAGUGCAGCGGUAAUGGCAGAUCCUCAGCUGUUGUGAAUCAGGGCUGCUCCGUUGCCUCAUAGCAGCCUGCUAAAGAACUUCUACCGUUCUGAGCCAUACAGGUCCCCCCCCAGUUCCCAGAUGUGGAUCAAAAGGGCUGAAUUUGGGCACCUCUGGGACCCAGAUUGAGGUUCUGAUCCUAGAUGGAGAGGAAUGUUGGAAACUCACAGGAUCUGGCCCUCGAUUAGAUUUGAAAAGAGGAUUCGGGGCAGGGGUGGGUGUGAAAUCUACUCCUAUGCAGCGCACCAGCCCCACACCCCUGCGCCAUUGAAAUCCCACUUACAUUCCUGUGAUGAGCAGGAUUCGGUAUGUAGGCGCUGGGCAGGCUCUCUGCAGAGGAGUGAAUUUCACCCGGGCCCCGCAGCAGCUAGGAGCCUAGGAAUCAGGCUGCCAUUGCUGCUUUGAGGGGAGCUCUCGGCUGGGAGCGUUAGGAGGUGGCUCGUUUCUGGGCUGUUUACAGGACCCAACAAACUGAACGAGCCCCCAAUUCUAGAAGCAAAGGAAGCGAAAUGAGCCCCCGGAG